UCAAAGCUGACUGUAAUUCAGACAGACAGUCACUCUUCACAGACUGCUGGCAUAUAACUGGAGAUUUAACAUUUUCUGUGAGGUGGACACAUUCAGUCCAGCAUUUGUCAUGAAUACCAGAUAUCCCCAGCUACCACCACGCAAACCAAUUCUUAUUAAUCGAGGCCCACCAAUCCAAUACCGUCUAUGUACAGAGAGAAAAGUACUGGAUGAUAAUGGAAAAGUCAGAAAAUGGACAUAUGGAAAAAGAGACACCAGUAAACAAAACAAAAUUGUACUACUGGUGGGUGAGACUGGUGUUGGCAAGACCACUCUCAUCAAUACCAUGGUCAACUAUUUACUUGGGGUGAAAUUUGAUGAUGAAUUGUGGAAUGAAAUCACAGAAGAAGAAGCCAGAGAUCAAUCGCAAUCUCAAACAGCUGAAAUCACCAUGUAUGAGGUCUUUGCAAUGAAUAGUCCAGUAUCUCUCACCAUUAUUGAUACUCCAGGUUACGGAGACACCAGGGGAUUGGAAAAAGAUUUGGAGAUCGCUGAAAAUUUAUGUACUCUUUUUCAGAGCAAUGACGGAGUGCGUGAGGUCGAUGCCAUUUGUUUGGUGACUCAAGCGUCUAAGAAUCGCCUCUCGGACAGACAACAUUACAUUAUCAGUUCAAUUCUCUCCUUGUUUGGAAAAGACAUAGUGAACAACAUUGUGUUUUUCAUCACACACUCAGAUGGUCUGCCACCCAAAAAUGUCAUCGGUGCAAUCGACAAAGCUAAAAUUCCCUGCAGAAGAGAAUGCAGCGGGAAACCAGUUUAUUUCUUAUUCAACAACCGCCAGGCUGAUGGCCGUGAAAAACGUUUCCUUCCUUCUCAAAGAAAGGCUUGGGAAGAGAGCAUGGAGGGCAUGGAACAAUUCCUACAAACUCUUAAAGAAAUUAACAGAAGAAGUUUAGAAUUGACUUCAGACGUGUUGAGAGAGCGCAUUCAGCUGGAGGCGACAAUUUCCUGCUUGCGGAUGCGUGUUCAAGAGAAGGAGCUGAAAAAGUCUGAAAAAAUUCAGAUUCAGCAGGUAAUGAGAGAAAACAAAGAAAAAAUUGAAAUGAGUAAAAACUUCACCAUUAGAGUGCAAAAAACAGUCAAAGAAAAGGUCCUCAUUGAGAGUGCAUCAUGGAAAAACAGAAAGGCAACCACCUGCUCUGUUUGUGAAGAGAAUUGCCAUGAAUAUGACUGCUGGUGGGUUUCUAAUCCUAGCCGUUGUGAAGUCAUGAAAAACGGCUUCUGCACCGUGUGCACAGGGAAGUGCCACCACAGCAAACAUGUCAAAGAGAACAGGAAAUACAUCAUCAGAACCACAAGCCUCAUCAUGGAAUAUGACAAUAUAAAAAAUGAAUACAAAAAGGCACAAGAACAAUAUGUGACAUUUUUGACUAUAAUGGAAAAUCUUGACAAACACCUGAAGGAGAUUGAAAAGCAAAAGUCAGACCUGCUGUUCGAGGCCUUCAUGGGCAUUCAGCAUCUGUCUAAGAUUGCACUGAAACCAGACUCUGCUUUCACUCUUCAGUAUCUCGACUUUUUCAUUCCCAGACUGAAGGAGGUUGGGAAAGAGCACUGGGUACGGGAACUGGAAGAUCUGAGGAAAACUGCUGUAGCUGAGGAAGCAAAUAAGGAUGCUUUGAGUUAUCUUAAAGCAGGUCUGGCAAAACUGGAUUUGUUGUUUAGUGGGAAAUGAAUGAAUGCAGGGAAUGAGCUUGGAGAAAAAAAAGAGGACAACAGUAAUGAAAUAAUGAGAAUAAGUGCAGGUGUCAUUGUGUAAACAUUUAACACAAGGCAGUGAGCAAUUUAAAUCUGUCAUUUGAAGAAAAAUAGUUACUUUUGUGAUGGGUAAUAAUUAAAAAAAAUGAUAAAAUUAAGUGUCAAUGCAUUUAGGUUUAUGUGUAAUGGAGUAUAUUAUUAUCUAUGUGUAAUGUGCAUUGUCUUUUAUCUUGCUUCCUCGCACUACAGGAUAUAUUUUCAUGACGCACUAGGCAGGACAUUCCAGAAUUGGAGGACAUUUUCUGUCCCAACUAGGGCUGGGCGAUAUGGCAAAAUAUAUUAUCACGAUAUUUUUUCCAUAUUGAUCGAUAUUUGUUACGAUAUAUAAUUUAAUAAUGCUGCCCGUUUGAAAAGUAUACUAAUAAUGAUGCCUGAAGAAACCAGAAGGUUCAAUAGUUGAACUAUAUAGUUUAUUAACAUAAAUAAAUAACAAUGCAAACAUUUAACUGUGCAAACAUGGAUUGGUUGAGAAUAUAUUUUGUUAUAAAAGAAUAUUGAUAAACUUUAAAUCUAAAUGUUAACAUUUUACUUUUAGCAAACAUGCUUUAUCUGCCUUGACAAAACAGUGCAAGUUAGCUUGCCUUGUAACUGAUUAUAAAAUAUCAAACUAAAAGCUGUGACUACAGUACUAUCACAUCAAAUUUCUUUGGCAGGGCAGCAAACAUUUCAAAAUGUUUGCAGAGGUACAACCAAGACAACAAAUGUAAACAAGUGAACCACAAAGUCCCUGGCAGAUUUAAGUACUUAACUGUCAGAUAAAUAAAAUAUUAAUUGUGUACUGGUUUUAAAUAUCUCAAAUGUUUUAGAGGUAGCAAUCUGAGUAAAAAGUGCAAAAUGUAAACAUUGUAAACCAGUCACUAUGCUACACCUUUUAGGUAGUGCUCGUCAUAUGUAACCCUAAUUACCCUAUUAUAGGUUUUUUGCCAGAAAGACUAGUCUGUCCACAGCAUCUGGUUUUAAAGAUUCCCUGUGGCAGGUCACAAUAUUGCGGACACGAUUGAUUGUUGUUUAGGUACAGCCCCGCUUGCGCUGCUAACAACAGAAGAACCACUAACGUUAGCAUGUUGGGCAAAACUUGUGGACGGAGUAACAUUAACAUGGGCCCGCAUUUUCAUACUCUCGGUGUGGUCGCUGGGAUGGUACCUUUUCAGGUGACCGAAAAGGUUUGUUGUGUUUCCUGUCUUAGUUAUCACCGACCGACGGUAUAUUUUGCAGACCGUCUUUAUUUGCGCGUCGUCGCUUUUCAGAUAUCCAAACCACUUCCAUAUAAUUGACGUCUUGUUACCUUUUUUGUCAACAAUUUCCUCAGCUUUGGAAGAUAGUUUGAGUUCGUCGUUUCCACUCAUUUUUUCUUUACACUCACUUUCUUCACUGCCGGUAGCUCAAACAGUGCUCUGCUAGCAAAUGGGCGUGUACUUAGACGCACAAGCCAAAAUCUGCGUUCUGACUGGCUGUUGUCCGUUUAUUUCUGCUUUGUAAUAGGCUGUUAGGUCUAUCCAUAUCGAGUAAACAUGUCAAAAGUUUAUCAUCGUAGUCUAAAUAAAUAUAAUCGCAAUGCCAUAUUGAGAUCGUUUUAUCGCCCAGCCCUAGUCCCAACCAUACAUUUUCAAAGAAAAUAUGCUCAAAAUGCUCUGAAUUCUGAAAAAUGUACUUUUUGUGUACCAUGAAAUUGUCUUAAUUCAAAAACAUACACUAUAUUAUAAAAAAAAAAACUGUUUGAAAAAAUCAAUUGAACUUCAAGCAUACCACCUUAAAUGGCUAUUUUCUCUUGUCCAAUCUUGUUAAUGAUAAAAUUACAUGUAAAAUAUAAUAUAUAAAAAUAUAUUAUUAUAAUCUUUCUAUUUUGUUUGAUGUUGUUGAUGUGUCUUUAAAUUGGUAAAUCAUGUAUUAAUUAUUUUAUUAUAAAUAAUAAAAGUUUUCCUUAAAUUGUUUCGUCUUGCACUCAAUCUUGUUAACAAAGCCUGUCUAGCCAGUAAAGGAAGUAUAAAAACAAUAGGUCAAUUGACAGACAGGAAAUGACAUCAUCAAGACAUUAAACAACAGCAUGGCCAGCCCUCUUGUAUUUUCAAAAUGUUAUAAUCUUUUCAGUAUUGUUUUCCUUCGUCCAUCUUACAACUCAACCAUGUGACUACUAUUAUUAGUAUAAAAAGGUAUUUAGUUUUUAUUUCAUAAAUAUG